AUGUUUUCACUAAAUAAUCACCUUGAACUGCGACGAGUAACAAUAUCCAGCCUUGUAACAUGCAUUUAUUUACCAAGUAUUAUAACCGCGAUAUCGUACAAAGGAGUCCUAUAUUCUGUCGGCAGCGGUUCUUCUUUCUACAUCCUUGUGCUAAUAUUCGUAGCUGAACUAGUUAAAUCGUUCUAUUUGAGUUCCAGUAAUGAAAUCCAAGCCAAGAGAAGCAAGGGCAAGACUAGAGCAGGAGAUAUAAUUAAAUCGUUGGGUUUCUUAUUGGGCAUUACCUUUUGCUUUUUCCUGGGAAUUAUGCUGUUUGGAGCUCCUGUGCUAGAUAAACAUGAAGAGACCUUAAUGUUGUCGAGUUUACUAACUCUAUUGACAGUGUUUCCACUGGUCGCGCACUGUGGAGUUGAACCAGCAGUGCAACUAUUGUUUGGUGUAAAAAGUUUUAAUAAAGAUACGAUUGUGGCUAUGUUAGUCAAUAACGCGUUACUGACCUUAUGUGGAGCUUGGCUAGGCGCUGUUGUGAUACCUCUGGACUGGAAUACCCCAUGGCAGCAAUGGCCGAUACCUUGCUAUCUUGGUGCUCUCGGAGGGUAUGUCUUAUCAAAUGUAUUAACAGUAUUAAAAGUAACGAUGAUGUCGGGAGCAAACAAGUAUAAAUUCCUUAAUUUCUUUAUUAAUGUCAUCAAUCGACUUCACAUUUCUAAGUAA